AUGGAUCAUGACCGUACGUUAAACUUGAUUCCCUACGGUCUACAAGAAGUAGUAGAGGAAGAAGAAGAAAUCGAGGAAGAUGACGAUAACGAGAGCGUGACGUUGUCAUCGGCGCUGGAAAACGAGACGUCAGAGUGUUCGUCGUCUUCGGCGACGUAUCCUCCGGUCCCUCCUCAGCCUGAAACUCCGAGAGAGCCGAUGGAGUUUCUAUGCAGAUCAUGGAGCAUUUCUACGUCUGAGAUCUCUUUAGCUUUAUCGUCUCAGAAAUCUAAUAAACAAAUCAACAAAAACCCUAAAAAUUCUCAGUUGGUCGCCGUCUCUUCGAAGGUUCCGGCACCACCACCUCCGCCGCUACUCACGGGUAAGCUCGCGAGUGUGGUUAACGCGCGAAGAACGGGAAAGAUCGGAAAAUGGUUCCACAACCGAGAAUUAGCCGGCGGAAAAGUCUCCGGCGUAAGGAAGAGAGAUAAGGCUCGCGUGGAGAACGCGCACCUGCACACCGCCGUCUCCAUUGCGUCACUGGCCACGGCCAUCGCCGCCGUAACUGCUUCGGGAAACCAAGACGGCUUCAGGGGAUCAUUAAAGAUGAUCUCAGCGCUGGCCUCUGCGUCGGAGCUGUUAGCUUCUCACUGCAUAGAAUUAGCGGAGCUCUCCGGCGCCGGUCACGAUCGCGUCGUCUCUGCUGUACGAUCCGCCGUCGAUGUUCGUGGACCAGGCGAUUUAUUGACUCUAACUGCUGCAGCUGCAACUGCAUUGAGAGGAGAAGCAGCUUUGAGGGCAAGACUACCAAAGGAAGCAAAGAACAAUGCAGCUAUAAGCCCAAGCGAAAGAGCUUUACCAGAAACUAGCGAUUGCUCUUCUGAAACUAACGAUUGCGCAAGCACAACCGAUGAACAGGGAGUCGAAGAAUCAGAUUUGCCAUGUACUGGAGAGCUAAUGCAGUGCACACGAAAUGGAGCUCUGCGGUGGAAACAUGUAAAAGUGUACAUGAACAAGAAUUCUCAGGUCGUAGUAGAAAUCAAAAGCAAACACGUUGGAGGAGCCUUCUCCAUGAAAAGCAAAGGCAUUGUGAAUGAUGUAUGCGAGACAGUCUCGGUCCUGCAAAAUGGAAAAGAAACAGAAAACGCAGAGCUCUAUUUCGGAAUCAGUACAGGGAAAGGUCUAACAAAGUUCAAGUGCAAGAACAGCGCUGAUAAGCAAUCAUGGGUGGAUAGCAUCCGGAAUCUUCUCCAUCGAGUAUUUGCUGUUGAGGUUAUCGACACUAGUGUUGAACUUGAAACUACAAACAUUGGCCAUAGCAAAUAA